AUGUCUUCCAACACCACACCACCCACAUCUCCCCCUCUCUCUCCACGCACAAUCGUGGCCCCAUUGACCCCUACCAGGGUGCCAAGCCACUCCAUCCCUGCCAUGCGGAUACCCAGCCACGUGCAUGAUGCCAAGUCAGAUCUUGACCCCACCGAAUGGAAGCCCGUAUUAGUCCGCAGCGCCUCGUCCCUGGCAUCCUCCGACGCAUGGAACUAUCUCUCCCAGUUCCACCGCGGCACCGGUGAGCCCAUGCUCUCCCGCCCUACCGUUCAACGCAGCAGCUCUAGCCUUCCCGCCCUGGCCGGAGGUGUGGCUCACAGCCACAGUCACGUGCCCAGCUUGACGAACACCCCGUCCACCGUGGCCUCGUCCUACAGCAGCACCGCCUCCGACUACCUGGGUAGCAUGUACGAGGCUCGGCCGCUGCCCCCUCGUCACAACCCGUACUUUUCCGGCACGAGCGUGACCAAGGGUGUCGAGCUGGUCGUCCCGCACAUUGCUUCUGUGCACGAGGAUGGCCCCAUCGGUGUCUCGGACAGUGGCUCUAUCUUCCCUGCCAGCAGUGCUGUGUGGGAAGAUAACUCGUAUGAGAAACGCUCUGCUCCUAUCUGCAUGGCGCGGGGAAUUGGCGGCCGGCCCGUCGAGACUUGUGUGAAGAACUGA